AUGGCGCAGCAGCCUGUCCUGGUAAGGGCAUAUACUGAUAGCAGGCCUAGCACUGCACUGGCACCUGUCCCUAGAACUGCUGCUCGCACGCAAGCGCUUCCGCCCAUCUCCUCCUUCGCCUUCGACGACAUCUUCCGAAGCGUCGACAGCCCCGAGCUACAGAACGCGAUCCAAGGCAUUGCUGAGAUAUGCGCCAAGAACCGCAUGAGUCUGGCCGAUGAGUACGCCUCGCACCUUCCUCCGCUAGGCGAGAUCACCGCAACGAACUCGAGGAAUAUGCGCUCGCAUGUUAUACGACCAAGCGGUGGCAUUCGUCGAGCGCUCACGAGCGUGCCGGAAGGGAGCUCUGGCAGUAGCGAGGGAAGUCGCAAGAGCAAGAAAAAGGCCAGUCUGUUCAGCUUCGGGAAGCAGCAGCCUCAAGAGAGCAAGCCAAUGCGCCGGAUCAGGAUUGGUAGCAUGGGCAGGAUGGUGCCUGUUGGGACCACGACCGCUAUGGCUGCACAUCUCGAUUUGUCGCAACAGGACCAUACGAGAAAGUCUUCGCAGACAACCAUCACCCCAGAGACAGCUGCCCGCCCAGCUUCCCGUCCAAGAUCAUUGAGCGCUGCGCAGACCAGCCUCCAACGCCUGCUUGGGAUUGAGCGAAACGUGCAGAAUGGUUGA